AAAUUUUCAAAUUAUUCAUACUCUUUUGUGCACAAAAAAUAAUUGUUAGUGAAUAACAAUAAAAAAGCUAGAUGAAAACAAAUCGGCGUUGUUGUUAUUCAUACUAAAGGAUACAAGGCAUACAAAUAAAGGAUACGCGUCGAUCAUGACUACUAUGAAACUCGUUAAAAGGCGGCACAAAUCGACGUAAAAUGAAGCGUAGAAAAACUAGAAAUAAAACCACCAAACAAAUCACAUUACCUAGAGGAGGAAACAUGUCAUGGGAUUGCUAUAUAAAAGUUUCAAACUCUUGAAUAUAAUUCUGGAUUCCCUGGAAGAUCAAGAGGGUGGAGCUAUGUACAUAUCGUGCGAUGUCUCAAAUGGCGGUCCAGUGGAACCUGAAACGGGAUAUGUGCCCAACAAUCCAUUAUUCGGUCUGGCGUUGGAUAGUCCACAGCAAGAGUGUGCUGCAUCUUCCUGUGUUGGCUGUUUGUCCUGUCAAGGCAAUACCGUUUUGCCCAUCUCAUCGUUGACGUCCAACGACUUCGAUUGCGGCUCCUGUUUCGAUUCGACGUCGAGUGUUAUAACCGGUGUCGGUAUUGUUGAAUCCACAGAAACUCACUUACAACAACAACAUCAAGUAAGUCUCGCUGGUAGCAGCAGUACGAAUACGACUGCCAAUCACAACAACAAUAGCAACAACGCGGUCAGUUACUGGAGCACCGAUGAGAUGGCUUCAUCGUUCCCCGGAUUACCGCCAUUAGACAUCGAUCCCUUGCCUAGCCUCUUCCCCUUUUCACCGUGCGGUGCCUCAUAUAAUUUCUCCACAAACCCGCAUCAAGCAUCGCUCUCCUACACCGUCCAUCCGCAUCAGAUGCUCGUCUCACCUGGCGGACAAGUCUCACAUCACACCCAAAGUCAAACGCAAAGCACACCACAUGGCAAUUCACUUAGUUCCAGCGGCACACCCACGUCUUGUUAUUAUGAUCCCAGCAGUAGUGGCAUGUUAGGUGGAUCUGCGUCCGUUGGCAAUACCUGUAGUCAACAUAUUAACACAAGUGUUGCGCCGCCGCCGCCACCAAUGUAUCCCAGCAUGAGUGUGAACGUCAGCAUGAAUAUGACAAUGCAUGGCUACGGCGCGGAAGGCACGGUGCCCAUGCAAUGUUCGCAGAUGCAAUGGACGCCACCAAAUACCAAUUCCUCCGUCAAUGUGCUCUAUCCGCCACUACUCAGUCCAACACAUUAUCCACCCGCAGCCACAUAUUCCUUCACCGCCGAUUUUCGCACACCAACGCUGCAGCAAUCCAGUCAGAGUCCAGGAGCUGGUGGUUUGCCUGCACUCACCGAUGCCGUCAUUGUCGAGGAGGACUCACCGUCACCGAUAAGCGAUACAUCGCGUCAUCUAUUCGCCGCUGGCACAGAGCUUGCGCCUGACUUUGCAUCACCAACGAAGAGUCCUUACGAUGACGAUGAGGAUAGCAACGAGGAGGGCUCCGACUCAAAGCCCAAUCUGUGUAGGCUUUGUGGCAAAACUUACGCACGCCCAAGCACGCUCAAAACACAUCUGCGAACUCACUCGGGUGAGCGACCCUACAGAUGCCCGGAUUGCAACAAGAGCUUUUCGCAGGCCGCCAAUCUGACGGCACAUGUACGCACACAUACCGGACAAAAGCCAUUCCGCUGUCCAAUUUGUGAUAGACGUUUCUCACAAAGUUCCAGCGUCACCACGCACAUGCGCACCCAUUCGGGCGAAAGACCAUAUCGUUGUUCUUCGUGCAAGAAAUCCUUUUCGGACAGUUCCACACUAACAAAACAUUUGCGUAUACAUAGCGGCGAGAAGCCAUAUCAAUGUAAAUUGUGUUUGCUCAGAUUCUCACAAUCGGGCAAUUUGAAUCGCCAUAUGCGUGUGCAUGGAACGAACCAAAAUAACGGCAGUAACAACGGCAAUGGCGGUAGCAAUUUGUUGACAUGACAAAAGGCGCGAAGUGGCGCCGCAUUUCAACAUUACUAUCCCCCAUACACCCACGGUGCUCACAACCUUUCACAUGGCCCACACGCCCACGCCCACACCCACAAUCAUCCGCACAUGCAUAUACCAAGCAGUAAUUAUGAUUAUAGCAGCUAUGGCAUCAACGAUUACACUUCACCCGGAUCACAAAACUAUUCAGGGUAUUAUUUUUGUGCACUUAAUAAGCCCAAAAUGGAGCGAUUCUAUUAGCAAGAACAUUAGUAACACAAAGUUAAUUAAACACACACUAAAAGAGAGAAAGUGUUAAAAGCCGAGCAAUUGCUGAUGCAAACUUCGGUUAAUUAUAGUAAAAGGCUUAUAUAGGUGUACAUAACAUACAUAGUAUGUACAUGUACUAUGAGAAAUUAAUUAAAAAUUACAAAAAAGAAAAAAAAUACAACAACAAAGCAAAAAUUAAGCGACAAAAGUUUGGUUGAAAUGCUCAAAUUUAACAUUAAAGUUUGUAAGUUUAACAAAAAUUUACCGUUAUAUCAUUGAUAAGCAGCCAAAAUGUAAAUAAAAACAA